AAGUUCGGCUCAGUAUCAUUUCUACGCCGGUUGAGUCGAGACGGCGGAUCGCUUGCGCAUUGAAUAAAAAAGGCGCCAGUCUGUGACUUUACAACUUACGCCUUGUUGUUUUAUAUUCGAUCAAAGUGAUAAUUUGUGUGCACUCAAAUCACUCAACCAGCCACAAAUGUGAACAGCGCAAGAGCCUGGACCGAAGCAGGCAGAUAAAAUCAAGUUUCAUCACCCGGUCGGUACACAAAGCCUCCUACGUGAGCGAUCGAGUCGCUGUCAACGAUUCUUUUUUGCUAAAAUAUACAUAUCACUCAAAGACGGAUAGAGAAGAUACCAACAAAAAAUAAAUGUGAUCCAACAGUUGAUCGAUGUAAUUAGUGCAAUCCGUUAGUGGCCGGUUGGAAAUCUCGGUUUCGUGGCUCCAUUCCGCGUGAUUUUUGUGUUGGGUAAGAAAAUCUAGUGAAUACAUAUAUCGGUGACGCACCAUCCGAUUUCCGAAGCAACGCCAGCCUACUAGAUAUCAGCACGAGAGAGCAGUAAAUAGCACAGAGCUUUAACUGCAACCCUGCAACGGCAACUAAUUACAACCAUGCCGGUAUAUCUGGAAGUGAGCACCAAUUGCGAUGAUGAGCAGUACGAUAACGGCGGAAGCAACGUGACUAGUCAACAGAAUCUGCUGUCAUUGCAGAGCAUAUCUAGUCUUUCACAUCCAAAUUGUCUAUUCAACCCUAGUCCUAAGAACGAUGAACCAUACGGAAAGACUGAAAAACGUAAACUCCUGUGGGCGAUUGGCUUCACGCUUGUUUUUAUGAUAGCGGAAUUCCUCGGAGGGUAUCUAUCCGGCAGUUUAGCCAUCAUGACCGACGCCGCCCAUCUGCUGUCCGACUGCAUCAGCUUCCUCAUAGCGGUCAUCUCCAUCUGGAUAUCCAACAAACCUCCCGACGGGAAAAUGUCGUUUGGCUAUCGAAGAGUAGAGGUUAUCGGUGCCAUUCUGUCCAUUGUGGGCAUCUGGGCACUGACGGCAGCCCUCGUAAUCAUGUCCAUCCAGCGGUUGAUAUCAGAGGACUUCGAAAUCGACGCCGACACCAUGAUCAUCGUUGCAGUUCUGGGGGUCGUCAUGAACAUCGCAACGGCUUUCAUCCUACACGGGUCGUGCAGUAUCGUACCGCACAUGCACCAUGGCCACUCUCAUGGCGGUCACUCACAUGGGCACUCUCACAGUCAUGCUCACUCUAACACCAAUUCGCAGGCGAACUUGGUGGAAGCGUCUUCAACGCCACGAUCUACGCCUCUAUCCCGAUCACGAUCUGGAUCUCCAACCAAAAAGCCCUGUCCCAAGCUUGACAAACUAAAGAUCUGCGACGAGAAAAAGUGCGAUCGAAUGGAAGUGCUGACCAUUCCAAAUUUGCCAUCCAGCCCCAGUGUUAGCCCUCAUCCAUCCUCACCAAACACCCGACACAACUCGUUUGCGACUAAUUCGUCCAUGCAACGUCCCAAUCUGGAGAACAUUCUAGCCAUAGCCAAAAACAAACUCAACUCGGAAGCCCUGCGACAUCGGAUGAGCUUCGAUGCAACGCUGCACUCCCCGGACCUGAUCAGCUCCAGUAGGUUCAUGUACAACAAAAUUGGUACCGACGUCGAUUCGGGGCUGGCUGUGAGCCGGAGGGAUAGUAAUGUCAGCAACGACACAUCCUUACAUGAAGAACCGUGCUCCGGAGGCGAUCAUCAGCUCGAAGAUGAAAAUCUCAACGUUCGCGCAGCGAUUAUUCACGUGAUCGGUGACUUCAUUCAGAGCAUCGGGGUGCUACUGGCUGCGAUUGUGAUCAAGUUUGCCCCAAAUCUCAAGGUGUUCGAUCCCAUAUGCACGUUUCUGUUUUCGAUUAUCGUACUGGUUACCACCGUGCGGAUCUUCCGCGAUUCGAUGCGCAUAUUGAUGGAUGCCGUCCCCGUUAACAUCUCGAUCGAAAAGCUACGCACCGAGCUGGGUUGCAUCCACGGAGUGAAAUCCGUCCAUGAGCUGAACGUGUGGAGCAUAUCCACCGGGUUGAAUCUGAUGACCGUGCAUUUAACGGUUGAUCCAAUAGUCAAUACGUCGGAAAUCUUAAUCGCUGCCAACACCAUUGCCCGGAAAGGAUUCAAUAUCAAGAAAUGUACGGUACAAAUAGAGAAGAUAAGCUUCUAAGUCGGCCAAAGUAGUUACCUGUGAUGCGGUGCUUGUUCUGUUAAGAUAAGUCAUCAGAAAAGUUCAAUGAAAUGUACAUAAUUGUUUUAAAAAGCAGAACUCAUUAUAAUCAGCAAUCCCAUUGGAUUGUUUAAACAUUAAACACUCAAAAGCCUUUC